GAGUGUUUAGCGACUUGUCACGCUUAUUGUUAUGUAUUGCGAUGAAUGAAGAGCCGAAUGGCACCAUGCUAUCACUUGUGUCUAGCGCGCUGCGUUGUCGAGUUACUGAGAAACUAACAGUGAGAAUGCCUCGAGUUGUUUCUGAUCAAAGGGCAAAGUUUGAAAACGACGAACUGUUUAGAAAACUCAGUCGUGAAAGUGAGGUGAGGUAUACGGGGUUUCGGGACAGACCCCACGACGAAAGGCAGUUACGUUUUCACACAGAAUGCCGGGAAGGUCACGCCGAUGUGGCUUUCACAGCUACUGGCACAAAUCUCCAGCUGAGUUUUGCGGCCAAUGCAUGGUCGGAUAAACCGGAGGACAGAACACCCACUCAAGAAUUUGUCAAUUUCGACCGGGAACCAGGGAAGGUGCAUUUGAAGUCCCAGUUUAUCAUGAACGGUGUGUGUGUGGUGUGGCGAGGAUGGAUCGACCUUCAACGACUUGAUGGAAUUGGGUGUUUAGAGUUUGACGACGACAGAGCGGAGGUUGAAGACGCAAUACUGAGAGAGCAAAUCGACCAAUACAAUCGACGGUUGCGGGAGUUUGAGGAGCGGCAAAGGCAGUACCGCCAAGACCAAGAGAGGCAGGCAGAGUCGGAGGCAGAGCAGGAGAGACAAAUGCUCGUUAGACUUGAGACUGGGGACUAUUAUCAAACACCCUCGUCGCAGAACGGAUUCCCUCGCCACAGAACACAGAGGUCCGAGAAAGAUUAUCGGAUACGUACAAAAGCCGACAGCAGGAUCGAGGUUCCAAUCCGAGCCCCUCAGAAACGAGCAGCAGUGAUUGACGCUCAGCGAUCGCCAUGGAAACCAAGCCUGUACAUAUUGUAACAUAGACCUCCGCGGGAGACUAACUUAUUCUAUUUUUAAUGUCAAUUUUUAUGAAAAUAUUGACGAAAAUAGAGCAUUGAUAUAAAUAGCCUGAAAGUAUAGAAUAUUUUUUGAAAAAUAUUUGUUGUAAAAACUGUGGAACCAAAGGUUGUGUGCGGAAAAGGUCAUGUGACCUGGACGUGGGUGUAAUUAUCAAGCUAUUUAAUUACCGGUGAUUUAACAACCACAAUGUAUGUACAUGGAAUUUCAGCAGAGCGGAAACUGUCGUCUACUUGUUUGGAUAAUGGUACGUUAAUGACCAGUUGCAAGAAAUGCAACUUGUAAGGAAUCUCAUUUUUAUGUCUGUGGCCAUACUUCCAUCUCAGUUUCAGAGACAUUCCAUGCGUGAAUGUUGUUACUGUGUGUAUUCAAUGGUACUGUUACAUAUGAGAUACAUAUACUACUAAAAAAAAGUUAAGGACCACCCGAUUCUUUUAUAUUACUAUAGUUUUUAAUCUGUUCUAGCAUGACUGAUUCAUUUAUAGUAAUUUGAAAGAAUUGUUCUUAAUUUUAUUUGAGUAGUAUAAUAUGACUUUCCACUAAAAAAAAUAUGACAAUAUGUUGUAAUGAUGAAUGUAUAACAUGACUAGAAAAUGUUGAUAUUUAUUACACUGUGUUAUGUUUGGUCAGUAAGUUCUGGUGGAUUUUGAGGGCAUAACAAUAAAAAUGCAUGUUAUGAAAUGAUAUUGUAUGCUUGUUAAGAGGUGCAUAUUGUUAUAAGUUAUUUUCAUAAAUGAAUUUUGUUAACAGAAUGAAAUGUUAUUUGCUCAAUAAUGUAGCCAAAGUCCAGCCAUUAUCAGUAUCAAUUUUUUAGUUUUUAAGAUUAUGUUUUGAAAAAACACAAAAAACCGUCAAUGCCAGUAGGGCACAUUACUUUAAUAUAAGAAGACUGGGGCACAUUACUUUGAUAUAUGAAGACUGGGGCACAUUACUUUGAUAUAAGAAAACUGGGGCACAUUACUUUAAUAUAUGAAGACUGGGGCACAUUACUUUGAUAUGAGAAGACUGGGACACAUUACUUUCAUAUGAGAAGACUGGGGCACAUUACUUUGAUAUAAGAAAACUGGGGCACAUUACUUUAAUAUAUGAAGACUGGGGCACAUUACUUUGAUAUGAGAAGACUGGGGCACAUUACUUUGAUAUAAGAAAACUGGGGCACAUUACUUUAAUAUAUGAAGACUGGGGCACAUUAUUUUGAGGUAAGACUGGGGCACAUUUAUUUGAUAUAUGAAGACUGGGGCACAUUACUUUGAUAGGAGAAGACAGGGGCACAGUACUUUGAUAUGAGAAGACUGGGGCACAUUACUUUGAUAUAAGAAAACUGGGGCACAUUACUUUAAUAUAUGAAGACUGGGGCACAUUAUUUUGAGAGAAGACUGGGGCACAUUAUUUUGAGGUAAGACUGGGGCACAUUUAUUUGAUAUAUGAAGACUGGGGCACAGUACUUUGAUAGGAGAAGACUGGGGCACAUUACUUUGAUAGGAGAAGACUGGGGCACAUUCCAUGGAGGUAAUUCAAUAUGCUCGUGUAGGCUGUUGAAACUGGGCCAUCUACAGUCACAAGGUACACAGUAGAUCUAGCAUGCCAAUGCCUGUUACCCCAGAGCUUGUUUGGCUUAAAGGCAGUCCAGAGGAUUAAAGGUACACAUGUCGGCCUGUCACACUACACUAAAAUUCCUGGGUUUGGUUCCAAUAUGGUUGUAAUUGUAAAGCCAAUUCUUGGUGGACCUCAUUCAACAAAAUUUGAUUUAAUCCCCUUAUCCAUCACCGGUUGUGCCCCUAUGAUAGUAGAAGAUAUAGGCGCUAGCACGGCAGUCUAGGUACUUGCAAUGAUAUGUGGCUCCUGAGAACCUCUGUUCUUUUCCCUGUUAAUACAAUUACAAAUAUGGCAGAAAAAAUAGACUUAAAAAUUAAAUGUUGGGUGUUUGAGUAUUUUAUUAUCGAAUUAGUUUUGUAAGGAACAAAUCAGGGAUGUGUGAGUCAUGAGCUUAAUAAGAAAGUUGUUGGGUAAACCUCACCACAGUGUUUAUUUGUUUUGCCUGAUUAUGACACAUUAUUUUUGUAAGAAAAUAGAGGUAAAUCAGCUUGAAAACCUGUGCCUAGCACUUGAUGCUAUAUCUGGAGUGACACAGUGUGGGUUUCUAUUUGGUUGUUAUGUUCAGAGUAUAGGUCUCGUAUGUAAGUAUUGGUACCAUGUGUUGGAAGUAUUUUGGUAUGAAAAUAAUCAUUGUAUCAUUUCAAAGUAAUGUUGAUUUUUAAAUACGAAUGAUAUCAUAUUGUUAGCUUGAAAGAAUAAUGUGUGUAGUUUGUCCUACCCUCGUAUGUGGCCACGGGUGGCCCUGUCAUGUAAGGUGAUGUACUUCGCUGUGCAGAUUGUGGGUUCGAAUCCCGAUUUGCCCUGAUUUUGUUUCUAGGUUUGUCAGCACCAUACCCGUGCUCGUGGGUUCCACCAAAGUUGUAAACGUCAAAUACCUGCAUCACUCUGGGCUUUCCUCCCACAUUAAGCUGACACGCCAUGAUAUAACUGGAAUACUGUUAAAAGCGGCGUUAAACCCAACUCACUUACCCUCAUAUAAUAGUCAGUGUCCGAAUUCAGUGUGUUACUUUCUGAAUCUCAACACAAGAAUAGAGGUUACAGUUACUUUCAUAUCAUAUAUUUAUGAAAAUAUUUUUUCGGAGUACCUAUUAUGAAAUAUUUGAUGCCACAUUGUUAUGAAAGGAAUUCAUCGUCCAAGGUUUUACUUGAACCUGACUGAUUUGUGCCGUGACAACUGCAGUCUCUCCAUGUACUGCUGUGUGAUUGUCCACAGGUCAGACAAACUUGAUAACUAGUUCAUACUUCCACCCUUAACAUACAUGAAGGCAGGAGUGGAAAUUAAAAUUAAAAUUUUAAAAAACCUAGAUGACAAUAUGUAGUUAUGCGUUGUGCACAUUUCAUGCCCCUUUGGGGUUUCAUAUUUUAUGUGAAAAAGCAAACUUAACAUUUCAGGUAUAUAUAGUCAAAAUGUCAAUUUUGAGAUGCUAGACACAUAUUACUAGACAUGGUUAUUCCCUAUGAGGGGAUGAAGGGGGGGGGGAUCUGACGGGUGGAUCUGUAGCAAGUUAUUAAGUUGGUCUGGCCUUAUAUGUUAUUUAUUUAUGCAGCUGAGUAUGGCUCACUCCAGUUGAUGUUGUUUUGAUAGAUAUCAAAACAAACUAUUCCAAGGAAUGUUGGUUGAUAAUCAACUGAGGGGAUAUAUGAAACUUAGGCUGAUAUUCCUAGAGGUUAGUUAGCACUCAGCAAAAGCCCUAUACUGUUUGAUUGUAGGGAGUUAUGUGACUGUAUUCCCGACUUAGACAAUGUGCAACAUUGUUGUAAAUGUUGCACUAUGAUAACUUCACAUUAGAUGGUUCUAGCACAUGGACUUGAGCAUUAUUCCUAUGCUUAUGGAUGUAGUUACACCUGGUGCAACCUGUUUUUAAAGUUGCACACUUCCAGCAAGUUUACAUGCACUUGUGCAACCUGUAAAAUUGAAAUUGCACUGUUAUUAGGUAGUGAACACAAACCCUCAUGGCGAACUUGGUUCUAGUCUUCUGACAAGCAUUAUCAUCAAAGCAUUGUGUGGAAUAAUCCAUUAUUCAUUAUAAGCAAGAAAUUGCUUAAGUCAAAUAUUUUUGCAUUUCUUAGAUUUUGACAUGUUUCUAUAGUUUUCAGUUUUACAAAAAUAUAUGUUUAUUGAAAUAUUACUUUUAUAUUUUGUCAUUAUCCUUUUGGACAAGUCUAUGUUUUUUAUACUUAUGUUCUAGGUGAAAGAUUAGGUCAGAUUGUUUCUUUAGUUCUGAAAGCUUUCAUUGCUUUUGAGAAAUAGAUAGUUCUUGUUUUUAAAUGAACUUAGUAUAACUAUUUUUGUUUAUUAUUUAAUUUCCCGUAUCCUAAAUUAUUACCAGUAUUGGCUUAGAAUAUGAUAAACAAGAUGUAAUGAUAAACCAAGAUCUCUUGUGACGUCCAGUGUGACAUUGCGCGAUGUGUGACAUAUUAAUGUGUCACACAUGUAGUCAGUUGUGUCACAUAUUCUAUUCUAACAUCUGCAUAACAUUUUACAAUACGGACGUGUGCAAUCUGUGGAUCGUGAGGCCCUGCAGCUGGUGGGCGGUCAGCUAGAGUCAGCUGAUACUAGUGAGUCAGCAUGUUAUGGUUUAUCGGACAUUGUGAUUCAAUGAUUUCUCUCUCACUUUGGUAUUGGUUCUUGGCCCCAUUUAACAAAGUCAUUUUUGCGCUUUUGGACUAUUGUAAGCUUGUUGUGAGAUAUAGAAGAUGUCUAAAUUGUAAGGCUUUAAGGAGUAGUAGUUAAUUCAUCAGAAGCAUUCCGUAAAGCAGUUCUGAUUCAUAUAUAUAUGUUAAGGUAAAGCAAUUUACAUGAUUCAUAUAUAUGUGUUUAGGUGAAGCACUUCUGAUUCAUAUAUAUAUAUGUGUUUAGGUGAAGCACUUCUGAUUCAUAUAUAUAUAUAUGUGUCAACGAAAAGCAUUUGCAUUGUCAUAUAUAUGUCCUAAGUUAAAACAAUUCUGAUUGUCGUAAGUCUGUGUUAAAGUGAAACAGUUGCAACUAUCGUAAGUCUGUUAUCAGAAGUAUUGUAUCAGCUAUCUCACAUGCAGUUGUGAUGAUCACAGAGCUUUGUCAAAUAUGACAAUUAUAAAUGAAAAAAAAGUAAACAACAAAAGAAAGAAAGUAGACUUUAUUCCAAUUUUAGAAAGUCAAUUAAAUCCCAUAAUGGUUAUUUCCAACAUGUUUUAUUUCAUGGGAUGGAAAACAUGCCAUUGCUGUAUGCAGCAUAGAGUGGGAUGAGACUAUGUUGCCGUGUGUCGUGAUCCAUAUUUCCCCUUCUGUCUGUGCAGCCAUGAACUCUAUACCUAUCAGUGCCUUAUUGUUCUCUCGUUCCCUGUUGAUGUUAUUGUUAUACUUUUUUCUCUCGUUCAUGGCUUGGAACACUUCGUGUUGAAUCGAGAUUCUUGCUCUCACUCACACAUUGUCUGCCAUGGCUUGGAACAGUUCCCAAUGAAUUGAGAUGCUUGUUCUAGCUCAUGUAUUGGCCGACGCGGCUUAGAAUACUUCGCGAUGAAUCGAGAUGCUUGCUCUCACUCAACUCAUUCAUUGGCUCACACGGCUUGGAACAGUUCACAAUGAAACAUACUUCCAUCACGAUACACUAAAUGGGAUGGAUUGUGCUGGUUGUGAUACAACAAAAUAUUAUUCAAAAUUGUUUCAUCAUUUAUCUUUUCUGUUCUUUUGCGCAUGAUUAAAUUAAAUUCAACAUCCCUCUAUCUAACAUGCAGUGUUAUAGGUAAACAAGUUCUACAGCACAGUGUAAACAGCAGGACAUUAAUACUCAUCAUUUAUGCUGAUUUAGACUUGUUCGAACUCAUGAACACUUCUUGUUGCGUCACUCUAUUGUUCUAACCGUGUAUUAUUUCCCACUAACACUUUCCUCCAACUAGCUGAAAUCUCCCGUCAACAUGAACUAUUCCACUGUCAUUGUGCAUUUCUGCAUGAUUCGUUCACGAUGUGCAUCAACUUUUGUACCCACGACAUCUCAAACUGCACUUAAAACUGCCAGUUCCACUUUGACGUGUAGUUGGUUGCGUUUGCAAGGUUGCUCCUCGUCAGCGUUGAAAUAUUUAUGUCAAGGAAAAAUAAUACACACUUUAUGUUCUUUCUUCGAUACAUGUGUAGCGGUUCGAAAAAAGAUAUCAUUAUUGGUAUGUUGAAGUUAUCGUAUCGGGAAGUCUGGAUAAGUGCACCCGAAGCCUCUAAAUUCUUCUACUACUACUACUACUACUACUACUACUACUACUACUACUACAACUACUGGGGUUGUUGGGUAGCCUAGUGGUUAAAGCGUUCGCUCAUCACGCCGAAGACCAGGGUUCGAUUCUUGACAU